CUGUGUUCCAGUGGUACAAACAAUACACCAACUUCAACCUCUGUGGAUUUAAACUUGUAAGUCUCAAGACCCUGACAGGCCAGGGACUGAAAUUCAAGGAGAGCAGAUAUUUUAUUUACAAAUCAAGAUGGCUCCAUAUGGUUUGUUGCACCCGCUACCCUCAGUCUGCUUUGAAGGAAAAUCUCAGUUCUCUAUCAGUCAAGACCUCCGCCUUGCAAGAAGCAAGUAUUUUAAGCUUCCUAGACACUGAGAGCCAGUGCAGCGAUGUGUGGAGCAUCAAGCCACCGGAUUUCUCUCUUAAACUGUACAGAUCUGUGUCGGUUCCUCAAAAGAAAGAAAGAAAGGUUUGUGCAAAUCCAGCAGCAAACCACCAAACCACUGAAACAAAGAGGAGAACUGAACUAAUUCUACCUAAUGUUUUACAUGAGAGUUUCAAGAGGAAAGACCCUCCAAAGUUCAUCACACUGUACAGGCCUCCUGACGCUCUGGAGUCUGAGCUGAUGUUUGUCAAGAUGGGAAAGUAUCCUCCUGAACCGUACAAGAACCCAAAACCUCAUAACUUCAGACCACUUGAUGAGGAGCUUCCAGACAUAGUAACUACAUAUGACAGAGAUCCUGGCAACCUGAAUUUAAGAUUGAAGACUCUUGUUUCCCAUAAUUACAGUUCAAGGGACAGCAAGACAAGGAUGGACACACAUAAACCUGCAGAACCUAAAUGGGAUGCGAGACUCAUACUCCCUCAGCCGUCCUGGCCUCCAAAAUCAGCUUCCUAUACUAGACACCGGCGAAGAAGAGGAGCGUACAGUGCAUUCCUGGACCGGGUGGAAGAGAAACUCUCAAGAUCCUGGAAAAAUAGAUCAUGACUCUCUCUCUCUCUUUUAGAUCAAGAUUUCAUUUGUUUUACAUGUGUAUAUUUGUAUUGUCUAGUGUAGUGUGAUGAAUGAAAUCAAUAUAAUAUGUUCAUUUGUACAUACAAAAAAGUGAAUAUUUGACAAAAAGUCUGAAUAUUGCAAAUGUUUUUAUGUUCAGCUGAGGUAGAUAUAAUCAUAUUUUCCACAUGGUUUUCCAUCAUUUGAGGUUUGACUGGAGCUCUUUUAAUUACAGUGCCACUGUCUGUUUAUCUCGAAAAAUUCCUACAACAUUUUGAUGGAUAUUUGACAGUAGGCAACAGGGGUGUAAAACUAGAUACACUUGACACGAUAGUUGUAAUGAUAUAAUACAGUACAACAGUGAGGCUUUAGGAAAUAAAUCAUAGGGUAUCAAGAGUAUGAGAAUGUUUAAGGAUCAUAUCAGUUUUAGUUCAUUUACUACAAGUCACAUCUGCUUUACAUUACAGCACAUAUCAUUACCGCUCUUUCAAAUUUUCUGAAUGUGUUGUUGUUAUCUAGGAAGGUAGCUACAUGAUUUGCAUUAAUUUCAAUAUAUUAUAAAUAGAACACAAGACAUUUUAACAACAUUUCAACUGUCAAAGUCAUGUCAUUGUUGAGUUGUGAUGAUAAACUGAGAAGGAGAUGGCAGAGAUGGCAUGGAACAUGAGUGACUGGUGUCAUGAAGAUCACAGCACCACAUCAUGAAGCCCACUGGUCCACUGACAGCUGCUCACUUGGUACCCCAAGAAUUAUAAACACGUGAGGCCUGCACAUGUUUGAGGCAUAUCUGUAAUAGCUGCACAUAUGUGUUUAAUGAGUCAUCUGUGCAUAACUCGUGGACUAAAUAUAAAAUGAAAGGAAUAUCACUGACUGCAUUAAACCACAUGAUCCACGG